GUGUGUGUGUGUGUGUGUGUGUGUCUGUGAGAGAACGACGCUCAGUCAGAAUCUCUCACACACGCACACAAACACACCUCCGCCUUGUCGCCACUGAUGAGGGCACUUCGCUGACGAGCUCGCGCUCCCGCGGCAUGGUGCGGUGCGCGCACACCGUUGCCUGUUCCGUGGUGCACAGGACGUCUAAUUAGCACAAGAUGCAGGAGGCUGGCCCCUCUCAGCUGGGCCCUGAGAGGGCCUUUAGCGUCCUAGAUCGUCUGCUGCUAACACACCCAGUGUGGCUGCAGCUGUCACUCAACCAAGAAUCCGCCCUCUACAUUCUGCUCAGAGAGCCCGUCGGGCAGACGUUCUUAGUGCGCAAGUGCUACUCGAGCCAGCGGAAGGUUCUGUGUUUGAGGGUCGCCGGCGAAAAGCGUCCUUCCUCUGUGAAAGAGUGUUUUAUCUGUGAGGAAGACUACACGUUUGCCUUGGAGAGCUCAGCGCUCAGCUUCCCUGACCUGUGUCGCCUGGUAGCCUUCUACUGCAUCAGCAGAAAUGUUGUCUACAGGGACGUGUUGCCUUUUCCUCUCCAGCUGCCAGACGCUAUCGCCAAGGCCACCACACACAGGCAGCUGGAGGCCAUCUCACACAUGGGCCAAGACUUCUGGAGCUCGCUAAGCGCUUCCGAGCUUCAAAAUGGACCUCCUUUUUCUUGGAGCAGUGGGAAGGUCCCAGUGGUGCAGGCAACCUCCAACCAAUGUGGUCUUCAGGCCCUUAGCAGUCAAGGCAAACUCUGCUUUAUAAACCCACUCUUCCUUCAGCUGGAAGUCUGCACGCAGGUAGAACCCCAAAACCACAGUGCCUCCAACAAACGACACCGAUUCAAGCGCAGCAUGCGACUUCGCCUCUCAGAGUCCUCCAUGAAUCUGUCCCUUGAGGGGGUGGGGUCUUAUUCGCCUCCCCCAUCGGUGGAGAUGCCUGGCGAGUUCGGGAUGUUGCGAUCUGGCUCUGAUUCCCAGAGGAGAGUCCACGCAGGGGCGGGGGUUCUGAGGAGAACUCCUGCCGUGUCGCCGGGGUCGGUAGACGAAGAGGACAUGAUGGCUGCCAGAGUGCCUCAAGUGGGCCAGCCUCCAUCGGAGACACCCGCCAUCGAAGUGGCUCUCCUGGCUUUGGAACGCCGCCCUGCUCCAUCUCUGGCCGAGCUUGAUAGCAACAGCUCCUUUAGCAGUUUGGAUGAGGAAAAUGACUCUGAUUCUGAUUCCGAGCAUACCGCCGCAACCCAAACACAAGGCUCUCUGAGGCCGCCACUUAUGCGCUCGCGAGGCCGCGGUGGGCUGCGCCGCAUGAGUGAAGCGUUUGUGUGUUUCUUUGCUCCGGACAAGCGGCUGACGCGACUUGUCGAGGAGCUGUCCCGGGACCGGCGCUCCGUUUUUGGUGGGAUGGUCCAAGACUUCCUCCUGGCACAGAAGGGACUUCUUAGGUCGAUCGCAGCCUCCUCUUCGUCCCCACACAUGACGUCUGUGCAGCUCCUGCAGGGUGUGCGCCUCUUUCUGUCCCAGGCCAAAUGCUGCUUGCUUGAAAGCGGCGAGCUGGAACCUCCCAUUGAAACUUUGGUGCCAGAGAACGAAAAGGAUCUGGCUCUGGAACGCGCUAUGUUCUCCUGUGUGCUCCGACCCCUGAGGUCACACUUGGACAAAGCCCUGACAGCGCUGCACCAGCAGGAUGCCUUUAGUCAGCGUUUCAGCCAGAACCUCCUGCGUUUAAAAGGCGCAGGUUCAAUGGAGCGUCUUAGCGUGCGCACAGGCGUGCCGGACAGUCGCCAGGUGGAGAAGGUGAAGCAGAAGCUGGCGAUGAUGCGGCGCACGCACUCACCCAUUGACAAGGUGCUGUUGCUGCUGCAGGUGUGCAAGUGCGUGCACAAGGCCAAGGGUGCCGCUCACGGGCAAGUAGUGAGCUGGGAGGACUUUCUGCCAUCACUCUCCUAUGUGAUAGUGGAGUCUAAUAGGCCUCAAAUCCUAAAAGAGGUGGAGUACAUGAUGGAACUGCUGGAGCCGUCGUGGCUUGGUGGAGAAGGUGGCUCUUAUUUAACCAGCAUGUUUGCCAGCAUCCAUCUGAUCCAGAGUCUGGACAGACACCAGCCUGCCUCAGGCUGCCUGACCCCUGAGGCCCACGAGGCACUAAGGGAGUGGCGCUGCAGACGAAGCCGUGAGGCCCAGAGACAAAAGGAGAACCUGCAGAGCCAGAGGUGCGUUCGGAUACUGUUCCAGGACGGGGAGCGGAGCGCCGUGCGGACCUUACAGUGGCGAGCGGGAGAGAGCAGUCAGGCGCUUGCGCAACUGUGCGCCGUCACCUUCGGCGUGUCUGACCCGCAGCAGUACACGCUGUACUGGCGCAGCGGCGGUGAAAUGCGGGCCCUGCCGCCUCAGGCCCAGCCUCAGGACCUGGCGGGCCACACUGAGGGAGGCCCCUCCCUCUCCUACCUGAGGACCGAUCACGACUUCAGCAAGAUGCGGCGGCUCACCAGAGGUGGCGCUGUGGACCUGAGUGAGUCGGUGUGUGAGGAGUGAGUGUGAGGAGAUGAGCGGAGAGAGGAGGUAUGGCGAAGGAGAUGGAUUGCAACUCUCUCCAGCAGGGGAUCUUCAGGAGCGCCCCGGCACCUGGCAGGAGAGUGGGCUCUAUAUGUGUCACCAACGUGCAUGGAUGACAUCAUGAAAAGGUGAACUGCUGUUGCUUGGAAACAAAAGCACACAACUUGGUGCUGAUGUAACUCGCUGGUAUCUUCUCAUUCGCUGUUUCACAGCAACACAAACCUGGACGCUAAAGUUUCCAAACUUGGACUUUGAAGGAGAUGUGAUCCACCUUUGACUUUCUUUGUGUUUUUUAUUGGCUGUGACCAUUGUGAAGCCUUAGCAUGAUGAGUGUGAAUGAGGGGCUUUUUGAUCACUUUUGCAUUAUAAAAAAAACAUGUGAUGUUGUCUCGGAAACGGAAACCAGCUGAAUGUAUUCAAUAAGGGGUGUCCAAACUUUUUUUUUCACUGAAAGCUGUGUGUGGGAAGGGAAGGCGCACAUUGGCACGCUAAAAGCAAUCCAUUAUUAUUAUUUGUCCGACUAAAUUGCAUUUUCAAGGGCUUGAACAUACCCGAAAACCAAAAGUUGCAAGCAAGUAUAUUCUGGAUUCUGGUCAGUCGAGCGCUCCUGCCAGAGAUUGAGGAAUUCCUGCCAUUUCUAGAGAUGGGUCAUGACAGCAUGCAUGAAAAUAAUCAAAGAGAAUAAGCCCUUUUUUGGUUGCAGGUGUAAUUGGUGUAAUUGAUUUUCUGUGUAAUGAUCUAAUGUGGGCUAUGUAUAUCAGUGUUUAUCAGCAGAAUAAGCUGCGGGCCACACUUUGGACACCCCUGUACUACAACUUGUCUCACCAUCACACUGUGGUGGGUCUGCUGACUGUUCAACUUCACGUCUUGUAUUUCAAAGUAACUUUGAUUGUUUGGGCCUAGUUUCAAUAAUCUUCAACAUAUGCCGGUUUUACCCAGCAAGUGAUGAUGACGAUGAUGAUGAUGAUGAUGAUGAUGAUGACAAAGACAAUGUGUUUUGAAUGUAAUGCAUGCUUUUUAAUUUGAGGCUACGCGAAAGUGUUGAUUGUGUGAGCUCACUAUUCAGUGUAAAUGUGUCAGCUAACUCGCAAUAAAACUAUUUUAUUUGUG